UUGCGACGUCUGCUGUCGUAAACAACGUCAAGAUGUCUGAACGAGCAGCUUAUGGUUUAGUCUGAAACACAACAGCUUAGUUUUGUUUUUUAAUUUACUUUUGCUUAUGUUUAGUUUGGCGACUCGGACAUUGUAUUAGAUGGAGAACAAUAACUUACCAUGAAACUCCGCGUGCAGAAUGACAGGAGUGAUUCCGGAAGAGCACUGAAACUGAGGGAGUCUUCUGCUGUAAUGCAGCCUGAUGCAAGUGAGCAGGGAGCUCAUACAGCGAAUGGUUUAUCCCUAACUCUGCAACCAGAACUUACUAGGACACCGGCCCCUGGUGCUGCGGCCGCCGCCGCCAACCCAGACAGCGAUGAGGUGCGGGUAACCAUGACCAGCAAGCCUGGGGAGUCCAGUGGAGGCACGUCCUCCAGGAGGUCCAGAGUCAACUCCCACAGCCACUCCCAUUCUCAGCCACACGGACACAAUCGGAUGCCACACCACUCAUAUUCGGAGGCUGAGCUUGACCCGCCUGACUCCGAUGUGGACUCUGGAGAACCCAGCACCUCCUCCUUGUCUGAGCUUCGCCAUCUCUUCCGCUGGCUUCAGAAGAGUCUUCCUUUCCUUGUCAUUGUGUCUGCUAAACUAGUCAUCCAACACGCUCUCGGUCUAGCAGUCGGGGUCGGCCUCUUCACAACUUUUCUAUAUGUGAAUAAAAACAUUCAAACUCAAGUCUUUCUUCAGGAUCGUCACUCAAAGCUGCAGUGUGUGUGGCUGCUACUGUUCCUGAUCUUUUCCACCCUCCUGCUUUACUACACCUUUCUCACCGAGACCCUCCACUAUUGCCUCAUCCUCCUCAGCCCAACCAUUGAGCCGCUGGGUUUCUGGGAGGUUCUCUGGGCAGUCGGCAUCACCAACUUCAUAAUCAAGUUUCUUUUUAUGGGGAUUAAGUGCCUUAUUCUGCUGCUGCCAUCCUCACUGGUGGCAUACAGUACCCAGGGGCGGUGGGUGAUGCUGAGUGAGGAGCUGGGUCAGGUCCACCAGGCCACAGCGCCUGUCCCACUUUGGUUCCGCUACCUGGUCACGUACCAGGAGGUUGACGGCACCCCUGGAUUCACGCUGGGGGUCCUGCUGGCUUUGUUCUACCUCAUACUGAAGAUUUUAGAAUUGUACGGACAAUGGACGUCUUUACUGAAAACCGUGAGGACAUUGGUGAAGGGCGAGCAUACAGGCUCAGCAGCCACCAGGAGUCAGUGCAGCGAGGCUGGAGACGUCUGUCCCAUCUGUCAGGGAGAGUACAGGGAGCCUCGGGUUCUACUCUGUCAGCACAUAUUCUGUGACGAAUGCAUCGCUCUGUGGUUUAACCGAGAGAAGAGCUGCCCUCUCUGCCGCACCGUGAUCACAGAGAAGGUUUACAAGUGGAGGGACGGAGCCACAUCUCCACACCUGCAGAUUUAUUGAUCGAUGCGGGGCUUUUGGGUGCAGGGCAUUGGCUUGUAUUUAAUGUGAUUUUCUGUGGCUGUCAACCCCCACUGACGAGUAAUGUUGUACACACUGUUUCAUGAAUCUGAGGGCAGUGCCCCCUGCAGGCCAAGGUCCGUAAAGAUACACACACUGAACCUACUGUGGGCAUUUUUCUGGCUUAUUUACCAAAACAUCACUAUUUCUACCUACACACUCGGACGAGAGAAAGUUGAUUAUUGCCAUGGCCUCAAAUGAUUUUUGAUUUUUCUAUUUUAAGUUGUUUUUCCUUCUGUGUUGUGUUGGCUUUAUUCACCUUUUAAUCUUGAUUUCCUGAUUGGGCAGCAAAUUGUUGUACUUCCAGUUUCCUCUACUUGUAAAUACGGGAACAUCAGAGAAUAUAUUAUAUUAAAAAAGUAUUUUAAACAGAUUUUUCAUCCAUCACAUGUGUGAACAAACAUCACACAAACCCUCUUAUCCAGUGUUUCUUGCAUUUUUUGGGAGUGACUUAUUUGUAAUCAACAGCACAACUGAAUUAUGCUUUAGCUGCAUCUUUGAGCUUGAACCGGACUGCAAAGGCUUCCAGGAAGCUCAGUACACAGUAACAGCUGGUCCAGUAGUGACCAGACCUUUGCCAGCACGCAUCCAUGGCAGGCUGAGGAAUAACUAUGUGACGGAUAAACAGUUUGGCUUUUGGUUACCGUUUCUUUUCGUCUGAUAAAAAGGAUGCAACUGAGCGUGAGACUAAUUCACACAUUAUUUUUCUACAGAGGCGACAUGGCCUCGCUUUUGUAAAAACCAAAGACUGGGAGAAACAUCUAUUUUAGUAUGUACAAAAUCAUUUCACUGUUAUUUUUAUCCAUUUAGAGGCAUAAACUAUCCGAAUAAAGAUCUACCAUUUGAA